AUGCAAGACGCCCGUGAGUUCGACGCCCUCUGCAGGGACAUCUACGCCUACUACAGCAACCAGCUCGUGACGGUGCCAGGCGAACGCCUGGCCAUGAUGCUGCGCGCCACCGGCGAAGUUUGGACCAAGGCGGAGCUCGACCGGCACACGUCCGCGCACGGCCAAUACUUCUCCUUCGACGACUUCCACAAGAUCGCGAGGAGGAAGCGCGACGCCGCGUUGGCUGCCACGGGUGUCGAGGGCGUGCCGCAUGUCCUGGUCGACGACUACGGCUACGUGAUCAACCUCACGGUGGCGGAAUGCCAGGAGAUUGUUGAUGCCUUCAAGGCGCUUCUGGAGCUGCGCUGCGCAGCGGGGGACGAGCUGCGGGGCCCAGUGAUCUCCAUCGACUACUUCAGGCACCUGCUGACCAGCGUCGGCGAUGUCAUCCCCAAGCAGCUGAUGCAGCAGCUGCUGUCGGACGGGCUGGCGUUUCGAAGCGAGAUGUCGCUGAGGACGCUGAUCAAGCUGCUGAAUCGCAAGAGGUGA